CAGCCCGCCCCAGCCGGCGGCAGCUCCGGGCGGCGGCUCCUCCCCCGUGGCCGCCCGGCAGCAUGGCGGCGGCGGUGGAGACCCGCAGAGUCUGCGAGACCGCCGGCUGCAGCAGCGAGGCCAAGCUGCAGUGCCCCACCUGCCUCAAGCUGGGCAUCCAGGGUUCCUACUUCUGCUCCCAGGAAUGCUUUAAGGGAAGCUGGGCCACUCACAAGUUACUACACAAGAAAGCAAAAGAUGAAAAAGCUAAGCGUGAAGUUUCCUCCUGGAGCCUGGAAGGUGACAUUAACACAAAUCCCUGGUCUGGUUAUCGGUACACUGGUAAACUCAGGCCACACUAUCCACUGACGCCAACAAGACCUGUGCCAAGUUAUAUUCAGAGACCGGAUUAUGCUGAUCACCCACUAGGAAUGUCUGAAUCAGAACAAGCUUUAAAAGGAACCUCUCAAAUAAAAAUACUGUCAUCUGAGGAUAUAGAAGGGAUGCGAGUAGUGUGUAGGCUUGCUAGAGAAGUAUUGGAUGUUGCUGCCAUGAUGGUAAAACCAGGAGUAACUACUGAAGAAAUUGAUCAUGCUGUCCAUUUAGCUUGUAUCGCAAGAAAUUGCUAUCCUUCCCCUUUGAAUUAUUAYAAUUUCCCCAAGUCGUGUUGUACGUCAGUGAAUGAAGUGAUCUGUCAUGGAAUUCCUGACAGGAGGCCAUUGCAGGAGGGAGAUAUUGUUAAUGUGGAUAUUACAGUCUAUCGCAAUGGCUACCACGGAGAUCUGAAUGAGACGUUCUAUGUUGGAGAAGUGGAUGAGGGUGCCAGGAGGCUUGUACAAACAACUUAUGAGUGCCURAUGCAAGCCAUCGAUGCAGUAAAACCUGGUGUUCGGUACAGAGAACUGGGGAACAUAAUUCAGAAACACGCUCAAGCAAAUGGAUUUUCAGUGGUUCGGAGCUACUGUGGGCAUGGAAUCCAUAAACUUUUCCAUACAGCUCCUAACGUGCCACACUAUGCCAAAAACAAGGCAGUUGGAGUCAUGAAGCCAGGUCAUGUAUUUACAAUUGAACCAAUGAUCUGUGAAGGGGGUUGGCAGGACGAGACCUGGCCCGACGGUUGGACUGCAGUAACGAGGGACGGGAAGCGCUCGGCGCAGUUUGAGCACACGCUGCUGGUCACRGACACAGGCUGCGAGAUCCUAACCCGGCGCCUGGACAGCAUUCGCCCCCACUUCAUGACCCAGUGAUAGCCCACACUCAGCAGGUGCAUCCGAACGAUAAAUAUAUCUAUUUUUUGCCCCCGUACUAUGCAUUUUUUUAAGARUACAGAAUAGAAAGGUUUCACCAUUUACUUUGUUCUCAGUGAUUGUAGAUAAGAGGAAUAUCUCGAAGAACCUGACCCAGUGUCUGCAAAAGCGAAGAAUUUAAAGAAUUUCCUGCUUUCCUCCUACCUACAACACUCACRCUGUACUUUCCUUUUUUCUUCAAUUAUCUCUUUAGCACCUUUCUUCCAAUUAAACCCACAAUUGCUUCUGUUGCUGCCAUGAUAUUAGCUAGAAAAGCGUGGGUAAGCUUUCCCACUGGGACUUGAUAUUUUGGGAUCCAGGUUUUUUUCACCAUUUCAGUGUGUCCUGUCACUCUUGGUUUGUGAGUGGCACUUGAGAUUUCAAGCAUUUCUUAUUCCAAAGACUUGCUCCUGCUUYGGCAGAUACUGUUCUGGGCCUUGUUUGUUUAUCAGUUGAGAAGGGGGMAGAAGGGAGAACAUGCACAUACAAAAGCAGGCUACCAUUAAUUCUGCCCCCAUGUCUGCAUUGGUGACUUCUGUGGCGAUUGCCACUGUGGGUGGCRCACUGUGUUAAUGGCAGGACUUGUUUCUCUUGCUGGAGAUUUGAUAGUAGGGCUUACAAAGUCUGUCUUAAAUGCAGCUCCCUGAAAUAAACUGCCUGUUGGUGAAGCAGUACUUGCAGGCAGCCUCCUGCUCCAAGAGCUUGGUGAAGCUGAUAUAUCAGACUUGCCUAGGUAAAGGAAUGAACCAAGAACCAAAAAGAUCCCACGAUUCAUGGGAUCCCUAUGUGUGUUAGUGGUGGAACAUUCUUUAAAAGUACAUCCACAGUAGCUGUGGGGGAUUGGAUUUGCAAGAUUUACAGUGAAGUAUCUCAAAACAAGUCUGAGUGUGUGAAAAUGAAAUAUGUUCAAUGCUGUAUUCAUUUUCUUUUGAUGAUUUUUAAACGGGUCAUUAUUUUCCCCCUCAAUUGAGCGGGAAAGCUUCAGGCUUUUGGAAAGUCUUAGGGGGGCAGCUAUGAGAAUUGAACCUUUUCUCCUCAGACGGGGUAUAGAGUGGGCAAUGUUAGUAUAUAUACCCCCUUAUAUUCUGUUAAUGGGUCAUGGCGAGCUGAAAACUGUUAUGUUAAGGAGUGUGGAUUGAUUAAGCCUCUCUUCUCUCUAGCCUUUCUUUUUCCAAUGCCCACUUCCCUUCCAUCAUCUUUGGUGUCUCUGCUGAGGGAAUUUAUUUUUUCUUCUGAAUUGUAAUGAAAAAUUUUUCAGACCCCAUUGUAGACUUCAUCUUACACCACGGUAACGCAAGAAAUACUUAAAACCAACACAGACAUUAAAUCAUACAAUCAUGGGCAUAAAAUACACCUCGUGAAAGAUGUCUGGUGAAUUUGUUGCCACAGACCCAAGAAUAUGAAGUGCUGCAUACCCUUAGCUUCCCUUGGCACUGCAGAAUUUAGGUGAGGGAAAGGGGUUAAAGCUUCAUAGAAUUGGAUUCRUCUACUCCCAAAUUUGCCAGAAAAUGUCCUCUCUGCCCUGAGUGCCUCAGACCUCUGUUGCUGUAAGAGUAUCACUGCAAUGUUUUCAUUACCUUUAUUCUUAUUUUUAAUUAUGCAGUAAAGUGACCUGAAAUGAUGCACAGAGAGUGUGUGUGCGUGUGUAUGCAUGUGUGCUUAGAGAUUUUUAACCAAACAGACUGUAGUACUUGAGUGGGAUUACCUGUGCAGAAUGAGAUGUGUUGAAGAGAUGCCUGUCCUGGAGGUUUGCCCACCAUAUCCUUCACUUGAAUGGUUACAACAGUCUUGCCUUUUCUAUCUGUGUGCGUAUGAUGUGGGGGGUGGGUGGCUUCAUUUUUGGUCUAUAAAAUAAAAGUUGCAGCUGC